GAAUAAACAGAGUGCAGGAGGAGGACUGUGGACAUGGAUACCCUUGCACUAGAGGCCACUGGCAGUAAAAAGCCCGCUAAUGGGGCGGCGGCAACGGUUGCUGUCCCCCCAGUGCUGGCUCAAGCCCCGGUCAAACGCAAACCUGCUAAAAAAGCUAAAAAGGCUGUUGUUUUUUUUGAGGUGGAGAUACUGGAUGCCAGGACCAAGGACAAGCUCUGCUUCCUGGACAAGGUCGAGCCAAAUGCUACUAUCGGGGAGAUCAAGUCUAUGUUCCACAAGAGCCAUCCUCAGUGGUACCCAGCCAGACAGUCCAUUCGCCUCGAUCCCAAGGGGAAGUCUCUGAAGGAUGAGGAUGUGCUGCAGCAUCUCCCUGUGGGAACCACGGCAACGUUCUACUUCAGAGAUCUGGGAGCCCAGAUAAGCUGGGUCACGGUCUUCCUGACAGAGUAUACUGGUCCCCUGGUCAUCUAUCUGAUGUUCUACUUCAGGGUUCCCUUCAUCUACGCACCCAAAUAUGACUUUACCACUAGUAAACACUGGGUCGUACACCUCGCCUGUAUGUGUCACUCUUUCCACUACAUGAAGAGGCUGCUGGAGACGCUGUUUGUCCAUCGCUUCUCUCACGGAACAAUGCCUCUACGUAACAUCUUUAAGAACUGUACCUACUACUGGGGCUUUGCAGCAUGGAUGGCCUACUACAUCAACCACCCGCUGUACACACCACCCAUCUACGGGGAGCAACAAAUCAGACUGGCCCUCAUCAUAUUCUUGUUCUGUCAGAUUGGCAACUUCUCCAUCCACAUUGCUCUUCGGAACCUCCGUCCACCAGGCUCUAAGACCAGGAAGAUCCCCUAUCCAACCAAGAACCCCUUCACAUGGAUCUUCCUGCUGGUCUCCUGCCCAAACUACACCUAUGAGCUGGGCUCCUGGCUUGGCUUCACAGUGAUGACUCAGUGCCUGCCGGUGGCCUUCUUCACCUUAGUGGGUUUCAUCCAGAUGACCGUGUGGGCCAAGGGGAAGCACCGCAGCUACCUGAAGGAGUUCCGCGACUACCCUCCUCUCCGCUCACCCAUCCUGCCCUUUGUCCUGUAGAGGACUACUCGGCCGCUCCCUCACCCAUUCAGCUUUCCCCUUUUGUAGGAGUAAAGUACACCCCCGCCUCUCUGACCCCACCCUUAACUGAGAGGGUGCCCUCCCUUUUUUCCAUCCUCAAAAUUCUACACUGGAAUUUAGCAGACUGACUGAAGGACUCCCCCACCCCCCAUCAACCAAAUUGUCUUUCCCUUCCUGUCUUGUGAAAAUGUUAAACACUACACUUGCUCAAUUUUUUUUUUUACCCACACACAAACCCAUUCUAAUUGGUUAGCUGACCUGUGUGCGUUUCAGUUCCCAGAGCAGUGUUCACCUGCAAACUAGCCAGUGUAUGCUGAAUGACCUACUGUAUAUAAAUACUGUAAGAUGUCAUCUGUUGUUUUGAGGCCAAAUCUGCAUCUGGUGAUAUUCAGUAAAACUUAAAACUGUUAGGUUUUUAUACCCAUUGAUCGAAAUUUGAAAACAACAUAAAUUAAUUGUGUUGAUGUUUAAAGUAAUUUAUUAAAAAAAGGUUAACCCAAGUGUUGUUGCAGUGCUGGGUCAUGUAUCACAGACUUUACUACUGAUGUAUGGGAAUAUUGGAAUUUUGUACAUGGAUGUAUUUUGCAGAGUUUAGAGUGAAUGGGACUUGUUGUCAAUGUAGUGUCACCAAAACGCAGUCAAAUUUUACAGCCUGUGCAUGCGUCAUCUAAAUUUGGUGUUAACUGCACAAUAUGUUCAAAGUGUUUGGCAGUUUGUCAGACACCUGCAAGAAUUUGACAAUAAAAUACUAGAAAACAAAUGA